AUGUCUUCUAAAUUAUUGUACCAGACUUAUACCCUCGCCAAUGGAAGUAGUAAAGUUGUCAAAGAAACUGCUCGUGUGAUCGUUGCCAAUUGCUCACUGCUCUCAAACCUUCUAGGCAAUGACCAACUGUAUGUCGAUUCGAGGGCCAUGGCCCAAAAGGCCAAAAAGCAGCCCAUGGAUGAAGAUUAUCAUCAAUCGGAGGAUCACGACAUGUUCCAAGCAGCUCGCGAGAAAUCAAAGAGCGUCAAGCAGGCUGAAAAAAAACCGAACGAUAUUCUAACAAACAGUAAGAGACCCAAAGGCCGAAAAAGUAACAUCUCUAAUAAGAGAGAGUUUGGCACCACUAGGUUUCUGAAUGAUGAAGACAACCGGAAAGUCAAACCGAAGGUCAUUGGAGAGGCUGACAAGGCAGAUUUUGAAAUGUCGCAGUCUCCAGUGCCAUCUUCAAGGAUCAGCAGAUUAUUUCAUUAUGGAACGUUGGCCGCAGGAGUUGGGCUCGACAUAUUGCGACAAAGUGCCGAGAGCUAUGCGAAAGGUCAAGAUUCCAAGUCUGUUGGAUCCAUGAUUAUGUCUCCUCGAAACAUUGACCGUAUUGCUCGCAAAUUUAGUCGUAUGCGGGGUGCUGCGCUGAAACUGGGUCAAAUGCUUUCUUUCCAGGACGCGUCGGUGCUGCCGCCAGAAAUACAGCAAAUUCUCCUUCGUGUCCAAAAUAGUGCUCAUUACAUGCCGGCGGAACAACUGGAGAAAGUCAUCUCUUUCGAGCUCGGCGAUGGCUGGAGAAGUAGGUAUUUUGCUUCUUUUGACGACGUACCAAUUGCGGCAGCUUCCAUCGGACAAGUUCAUCGGGCAAUCACUAAAGACACCCAUGAACGAGUUGUGGUGAAAGUCCAGUAUCCUGGAGUGGCAGACAGCAUAGAUUCCGACCUUGAUAAUAUCUUGACUCUUCUCACGGCUUCGAGAUUGCUUCCACCGGGACUAUUUCUCGACAAAAGUGUCGCUAAUGCAAGGGUCGAGCUGAAGUGGGAAUGCGAUUAUCUUCGAGAGGCUCAGAAUAUUGCGCGGUUCGGCGAUUUAUUGAAGGAUGAUCCUGUUUUCGUGGUUCCCAAGGUGUAUCAUGAAUUAAGUGAUGAACAUGUCUUGACAAUGGAAGAAAUGCGGGGCACCGAGAUUAUGAAGAAGGAGUGGGCUCAGGAGACGAAAAACUGGAUCUCAUCGAAUAUCAUGAGACUGACGCUCACGGAAAUAGCCAAGUUUAGGUUUAUGCAAACUGAUCCCAACUGGGCCAAUUUCCUUUAUAACGAAGAGACGAACAAGAUAGAGCUCCUGGACUUUGGCGCAUGCAGAGAUUUUAGGAAGGACUUCAUUACCACGUAUCUCAACUGUUUGCGCGCCUCCGUGAAGAAGGAUUACGAUAGAGUGCAAACGUACUCCAAGGACAUGGGAUUUCUCACUGGUUUGGAAACUGACAGCAUGACUCAGGCCCAUGUCGAGUCGAUUAUUGCGCUGGGCGAGCCAUUUUCUCCGGUCGACAACAAGGGAUCUGAUUACGACUUUACCAAUCAAACGGUGACCGAUCGUGUUCGCGGAAAUAUCAAGUUGAUGUUGAAUGAAAGACUUACACCGCCUCCCGAAGAGACGUAUAGUUUGCACAGAAAACUCAGUGGUGCGUACCUUCUUUGCGCAAGGAUGAAAGCCGUUGUUCCGUGCGAAAAGAUUUUCGAGGACAUUAUCGGUCUGGACUACGAGUGA